AUGGCACAUGCUCGUAUCUCGGCCAACCUCCCUCCUGAUAUAGAUCCCACAAAAGCUCCCAUUGCCUUUGGGACGAGGGCCCUUCCUAAACUAAAUGAGGAGUUGCAGUCUCCUGAGCUGCUGACGCAGCAGCGGGCACUGAUGGCACUCUGCGAUUUGGUCCAUGACCCAGAAAAUGUCUACCAGGCACUGAGAAUAGGAUUCUUGGAUACCUUGAAGACUUUGGUGCAACAUCAUGACAGCACUGUUCGACAAAAAACAACAGAAGUCUUCUCUAUAAUGGCUAUGCAUAAUGUUGGCAGGCAAGGGCUGAUACACAAUGGAGUAAUUGCUGCCCUUGGUGACCUCUUGGAUGACCCAGUAGAUAUCUGUCGGAAGAACACACAUAAGGUUUUUGAAAUGUUGGCAAAAUUACCUGAAGGGGCUGUUGGCAUAGUGACUGCUGGUUUGAUUCCCUCCCUUGUACUCAAAUUGAAGACUGAGUUGGAUGAAAUCCAGGAGCUGAUCCUGGAUACACUCUCCAAGUGUCUCCAUGUGGAGGCUUCUGAAGCUCUAGCAGCUGAUGCCAUUCCUAUCCUGAAGGAGAAGCUCACACACUCAUCAGUGGCCAUCAUAAGCAAAGCAGCUUGGGUCCUGUUAGCAGCUGGCACCCAUCCAGAGGGAAAAACUGCCAUCUGUGAAGAAGUUACUCCUGUGCUGGUGAGCCUGCUGGAAGAUGCAGAUCCUGAAGUCCAAGCUAGUGCAACAGGAGCACUGAUGUUUGCUACUAUUAAACCUCAGGGGAGAUUCUCAGCCCUACAUGCUGGAGCCAUUCCACAUCUACUGAAGCUGGUUGCUGAGGAAACCAGCAGAGCUCGUCUGAAUGCCAUCAAAACCCUCACCAUGCUGGCUGAGCUACCCCUGGGCCGCCAGACACUCCUGGAUCAUAUUGAUACAUUUCAGCAGUGCCUGAAUGAUCCCCGUGAGGCAGUGCAAAGGGCUGCUGAAACUGCCAUCAGUGUCAUCAAAUGGAAACCUUUCUGA